AUGGCACUUGAUGCUGUUGUUUUUCCUCAAGACCCUUUUGGUUGCUCCACAAACAAAGACCUCUGCAGCUAUUGGAGCUCUUUUGAUGAUGAUCAUCAUAAUUUCGGUUUCGACAACGAUCAAGAUCAUCACGAUCAGCUCCAGCACCAAGCCUCCCUCGAUUUUCUCGGCUACCAAACAGAUCAUAACCCUCCUAAUUAUGGUACUAAUUACUAUUCCUCAGCUCCUUUGAAUUCAAUGGUGCCACAUUUCAACGAAUUGCAGCUCUCCAAUCCAAACCCAGAUGUUAGUGAUACUACUAGCCCAACUGAUGAUCAACCCGAAUUUCAUCAACUACCAUCGGAUCACACAAUCACAAUGGCUGACAGCAUGCCUAGUACUCGUGCCAAACGGCGCCGUGCCAAGAGUAGGAAGAACAAGGAGGAGAUUGAGAACCAGAGAAUGACUCACAUUGCAGUUGAGCGAAAUAGAAGAAAACAGAUGAAUGAGUAUCUCUCUGUGCUUCGAUCUUUAAUGCCAGACUCAUACGUUCAAAGGGGAGACCAAGCAUCAAUCAUUGGAGGUGCGAUUAAUUUUGUGAAGGAGCUAGAGCAAGAAGUGCAUUUUCUUGGUACCCAAAAGCCAAAUAAUGGUGUGCCUUUCUCCCAAUUCUUCACCUUCCCACAAUACUCAACCCGGUCCAGCGGAGACCACGACUCUGCUGCGGCGGCAGCCAUGGCUGAGCUGCCUUUGAUGGAGUGCAAGCUGAGUAACAUUGCAGCUGACAUAGAGGUGACAAUGGUGGAGAGCCAUGCAAGCCUGAAAGUGAGAGCCAAGAGGAUCCCAAAGCAGCUCUUGAAGAUUGUUUCUGGGUUGCAUGGUAUGCACCUCACAAUUCUUCAUCUCAAUGUGGUCACUGCUGAUGAUGUUGUCCUCUACUCCCUCAGCCUCAAGGUAGAAGAUGAGUGCACACUGGCUUCAGUGGAUGAAAUUGCAACAGCUGUGCAUCAGAUGCUAGCUACAAUUCAAGAGGAGGCAAUGUUGAAUUUGAAUUGA